ACAACAACAACCCACUUCAUAUGAGCCGCGCCUCUCUCUCUCUCUCUCUCUCUCUCUCUUGCUUGCUUCUUUCGCUGCCUUGCCCACACAAGCUGAGGCCUAAGUAAUUGGAAGGAACACAAAGCGGUAGACAUUGACAAGCAAGUUUGAUUGGCCCUUGAGGGCUUAAGUUGUAGAGAUGGCAUAUAGAAGGGGGUUUGAUCAGCAGCCGCAGAGGCGGAUUCUGCGGACUCAGACUGCAGGAAGUUUUGGAGAGCCCAUGUUGGAUAGUGAGGUGGUGCCUUCUUCAUUGGUGGAUAUUGCUCCUAUUCUCCGUGUUGCAAAUGAAGUUGAGGCCAGGAAUCCAAGAGUUGCCUAUCUAUGUCGGUUCUAUGCCUUUGAGAAAGCUCACAGACUAGAUCCCACAUCUAGUGGACGUGGUGUCCGCCAGUUUAAAACUGCACUUCUUCAGCGUCUAGAAAGGGAAAAUGAAACAACAUUGGCAGGAAAGCAAAAGAGUGAUGCUCGGGAAAUGCAGAGUUUUUAUCGAGAUUACUACAAAAAAUACAUUCAAGCCUUGCAGAAUGCUGUUGAUAAAGCAGAUCGGGCGCAACUGACCAAAGCAUACCAAACUGCUGCUGUUUUAUUUGAGGUUUUGAAGGCUGUCAAUCAGACGGAAGCUGUUGAAGUAGCUGAGGAGAUUUUGGAAGCUCACACCAAGGUUGAAGAAAAACAGCAGAUAUAUGUACCUUACAAUAUUCUUCCUCUUGACCCUGAUAGUCAAAAUCAGGCAAUCAUGAGAUUUCCCGAGAUUCAUGCUACUGUUUCAGCACUCCGUAACACUAGGGGCCUACCAUGGCCGAAGGACCACAAGAAGAAAGUAGAUGAAGACAUUCUAGACUGGCUCCAGGCUAUGUUUGGUUUCCAGAAGGAUAAUGUGGCAAAUCAAAGGGAACACUUGAUUCUGUUGGUUGCUAAUGUUCACAUACGACAAUUACCAAAGCCUGAUCAACAGCCCAAGUUGGACGAUCGUGCUUUAACAGACGUAAUGAAGAAACUUUUCAAAAAUUACAAGAAAUGGUGUAAAUACUUGGAUCGCAAAAGUAGCCUUUGGUUGCCAACAAUUCAGCAGGAAGUGCAGCAGCGAAAAUUACUAUACAUGGGUUUAUAUCUUCUUAUCUGGGGAGAAGCUGCAAAUUUGAAAUUCAUGCCAGAAUGCCUUUGCUAUAUUUAUCAUCAUAUGGCAUUUGAAUUGUAUGGAAUGCUAGCUGGGAGUGUUAGUCCAAUGACGGGUGAGCACAUAAAACCAGCCUACGGUGGUGAAGAAGAGGCCUUUUUGACGAAAGUAGUAACUCCAAUAUAUGAUACAAUAGCAAAGGAGGCUAAAAGGAGCAAAGGAGGAAAAUCAAAGCAUUCUCAGUGGAGGAAUUAUGAUGAUUUGAAUGAAUACUUUUGGUCAGUUGAUUGUUUUAAGCUAGGAUGGCCUAUGCGUGCCGAUGCUGAUUUCUUUUGCCAGCCAGUCGAAGAGAUUCAAGUUGGAAAAGAUGAGAAUAAGAAACCACACAAUGGGGAACGAUGGAUUGGUAAAGUCAACUUUGUUGAAAUACGCUCGUUUUGGCACAUUUUCAGAAGUUUUGAUAGAAUGUGGAGCUUUUAUAUAUUGAGUUUACAGGCAAUGAUCAUUGUUGCUUGGAAUGGGUCGGGGAAAUUAAGUUCCAUGUUUGAAGGUGAUGUCUUUAAGAAAGUGCUGAGUAUUUUCAUAACUGCUGCGAUAAUGAAGCUUGGACAAGCUGUUCUUGAUUUAAUUCUGAGCUGGAAAGCUAGGCGAAGCAUGUCUUUCUUUGUCAGGCUAAGAUAUGUUUUGAAGGCUGUUUCAGCUGCAGCAUGGGUUAUUAUUUUACCAGUGACUUACGCGUAUAGUUGGAAAAACCCUCCUGGAUUUGCACGGAUUAUCAGGAAUUGGUUCGGAAAUGGUCCAAGUUCAUCUUCUUUGUUCAUUUUGGCUGUUGUCAUCUACUUAUCUCCAAACAUGCUCUCUGCAUUGUUGUUUAUGUUCCCAAUUGUCCGUCGGUUUCUUGAAAGGUCACACUUGAGGGUUGUGAUGCUCAUGAUGUGGUGGUCUCAGUCUCGGCUUUAUGUUGGAAGGGGAAUGCACGAAAGCUCAGUUUCUCUUUUCAAGUAUACCAUUUUUUGGGUUCUUCUGCUUGUGUCGAAAUUAGCCUUCAGUUACUAUGUAGAGGAUGGCUGUCUUGUGUCUUGUGGGCUUUGGUUUAGGGUGAACGGGAGGAUUUUUGACAAUUAUAAGGGAGUGGGGGUUGAAGAUCUUCUGGAGAGGAUUAGGCCUCUUGUGAAACCAACUAAAGAUAUCAUGAAAGUUCACAUAGGGACCUACCAAUGGCAUGAGUUUUUUCCUCAAGCUAAGAAUAACAUUGGUGUGGUGCUUGCACUCUGGGCUCCAAUUGUUCUUGUCUACUUUAUGGAUACUCAAAUUUGGUAUGCCAUCUUUUCCACAAUAUUUGGAGGUAUAUAUGGCGCGUUUCGCCGUCUUGGAGAGAUUCGUACACUGGGAAUGUUGAGAUCUCGAUUUGAUUCACUGCCUGGUGCUUUUAAUAAUUACUUGAUUCCUGUGGAGAAGAAUGAGCAGACUAAGAAAAAGGGAAUACUAAAAGCCACUUUCUCCCGCAAGUUUGAUAAGAGCGCGUCUAGCAAAGAGAAAGAGGCUGCAAAGUUUGCACAGAUGUGGAACGAAAUAAUCAGCAGUUUCAGAGAGGAGGAUCUGAUAAGUGAUAGGGAAAAGAACUUGUUGCUUGUCCCAUAUGGGGCUGACCCAGAUUUAGUAGACCUCAUCCAGUGGCCUCCUUUUCUGCUUGCUAGCAAGAUCCCAAUAGCGCUGGACAUGGCAAAAGACAGCAAAGAUAAAGAUCGUGAGCUGAAAAAGAGAAUGAGUACAGACAAUUAUAUGCGUUGUGCUAUUCGCGAGUGCUAUCUUUCAUUUAAAAGUAUUAUUAAUUUUUUGGUCCUUGGAGAGCGUGAAAAGAAGGUUAUAAAUGAUAUCUUCUCCUUAGUUGAUGCGCAUAUUGCUGAGGGAAAUCUGACAACGGAGUUCAAUAUGAGUGCUCUCCCAAGCCUCCAUGAGCAAUUUGUUCAGUUGAUUGACCAUCUGCUGAAAAACGAAAAGGAGGAUAAGGACCAGGUCGUAAUUGUCUUGCUUAACAUGUUAGAGGUUGUGACAAGGGACAUAAUGGAGGAUGAAAUUCCCACCUUGCUAGAUUCAAGCCAUGGGGGAACUUAUGGGAAAGAUGAGGGAAUGACACCCCUUGAUCAACGAGAUACAUAUUUCGGUGAACUGAAUUUCCCAGUGCCAGUGACCCCAAAAACAGAAGCUUGGAAAGAAAAGAUCAGAAGGCUUCAUCUAUUGCUUACGGAGAAGGAGUCUGCUAUGGAUGUCCCAUCCAACUUGGAAGCUAGAAGGCGCAUUUCUUUCUUUUCUAACUCAUUGUUUAUGGACAUGCCUCCUGCACCUAAAGUUCGAAAUAUGCUUUCCUUCUCGGUUUUGACACCAUACUAUUCAGAAGAAGUUCUUUUCUCCGUUGAUCACCUGGAAAAGCAGAACGAAGAUGGUGUCUCUAUCCUUUUCUACUUGCAAAAGAUCUUUCCUGAUGAAUGGACUAACUUUCUUGAGCGGGUCAAAUGUGAAAGUGAAGAAGAACUUAGAGCAAAUGAUGAACUGGAAGAGAAACUCCGUCUAUGGGCAUCAUAUCGAGGCCAAACGUUGACCAAAACUGUACGAGGUAUGAUGUAUUACCGAAAAGCUUUGGAACUUCAGGCCUUCCUGGAUAUGGCAAAAGAUGAAGCUCUAAUGGAAGGCUAUAAGGCUGCUGAAUCAACUAUUGAGGAACACUCAAAAUCUGAAACGUCACUAUUAGCUCAAUGCCAAGCAGUAGUUGACAUGAAAUUCUCAUAUGUUGUGUCAUGCCAACAAUAUGGAAUUCACAAGCGAUCUGGUGAUGCUCGUGCCAAGGACAUUUUGAAACUUAUGGCAACUUAUCCAUCUCUUCGGGUAGCUUACAUUGACGAGGUUGAGAAAACUAGCGAAGAUAAAUCCAAAAAAAAUGUUCGGAAGGUCUACUAUUCGGCUCUUGUAAAGGCAGCUCCUCCAACUAAGACAAUUGAUUCCACUGAUCCUGUUCAAAGGUUGGAUCAGGAUAUUUAUCGGAUAAAGCUUCCUGGACCUGCAAUAUUGGGAGAGGGAAAGCCAGAAAAUCAAAACCAUGCAAUCAUUUUCACACGUGGGGAAGGCUUGCAAACAAUAGAUAUGAACCAGGAUAACUAUUUGGAAGAAGCAUUCAAAAUGAGGAAUUUGCUGCAAGAAUUUCAGAAACAUGAUGGUGUUCGAUAUCCGACAAUACUUGGACUUAGGGAGCAUAUAUUCACUGGCAGUGUUUCAUCUCUUGCAUGGUUCAUGUCGAAUCAGGAGACUAGUUUUGUAACUAUUGGACAGAGACUGCUGGCUAACCCUCUGAGAGUCAGAUUCCACUAUGGCCAUCCAGAUGUAUUUGAUAGACUGUUUCAUCUGACUAGAGGGGGUGUCAGCAAAGCUUCCAAAGUCAUCAAUUUAAGCGAGGACAUAUUUGCAGGUUUCAAUUCUACUGUACGUGAAGGCAGUGUUACUCAUCAUGAAUAUAUACAAGUGGGUAAAGGACGAGAUGUUGGCCUGAACCAGAUCUCGAUUUUUGAGGCAAAAAUAGCUAAUGGGAAUGGCGAACAGACACUGAGUCGUGACAUCUAUAGGCUUGGGCAUCGAUUUGAUUUCUUCCGGAUGCUAUCCUGCUACUUCACAACAAUUGGUUUCUAUUUCAGCACUUUAUUGACUGUGCUUACGGUCUAUGUGUUUCUCUACGGUCGCCUUUAUCUUGUUCUCAGUGGGCUUGAAGAUGGUCUGAGUACUCAUCGAGCUAUUCGAGACAAUAAGCCUCUUCAAAUAGCUCUUGCUUCUCAGUCUGUUGUGCAAAUUGGAUUUUUGAUGGCCUUGCCUAUGGUUAUGGAAAUUGGUUUAGAAAAGGGGUUCCGUGUUGCACUAAGCGAUUUCAUAUUAAUGCAAUUACAAUUGGCCCCUGUAUUUUUCACAUUUUCUCUUGGUACAAAGACGCAUUAUUAUGGAAAGACAUUACUUCAUGGAGGUGCAGAAUACCGAGCAACGGGUCGUAGCUUUGUAGUGUUUCAUGCCAAAUUCGCUGAUAAUUACAGGCUUUACUCCAGAAGCCACUUUGUCAAGGGCAUCGAGCUACUGAUUCUGCUUGUUGUGUACCACAUAUUUGGUCGUUCAUACAGAAGUGCAGUUGUGUAUAUCCUCAUUACGAUACAAAUUUGGUUCAUGGUUGGAACAUGGCUUUUUGCUCCAUUCCUCUUCAAUCCAUCAGGGUUUGAGUGGCAAAAGAUUGUCGAUGACUGGACGGAUUGGAAGAAGUGGAUAAACAAUCAUGGAGGCAUCGGUGUCUCUCCCGAUAAAAGUUGGGAAUCCUGGUGGGAAAAGGAACAUGAGCAUCUUCGUUACUCUGGAAUACGUGGUAUCAUUACUGAGAUAAUAUUAGCAUUGCGCUUUUUCAUCUACCAGUAUGGGCUUGUCUAUCACCUCAACAUUACAAAAAACAAAAGUUUUCUGGUCUAUGGUGUUUCGUGGCUGGUGAUCCUUCUAAUUUUGGUGUUGAUGAAGGCCGUGUCUGCUGGAAGGCGACGAUUAAGUGCAGACUAUCAACUUUUGUUUCGACUGGUUAAGGGAUUUAUAUUUAUUACAUUUUUAUCUAUUUUCAUUACCUUAAUAGUGCUCCCUCAUAUGACGCUUCGGGAUGUCGUAGUCUGCAUUCUUGCCUUCAUGCCAACUGGAUGGGGAUUGCUUUUGAUUGCACAAGCUUGUAAGCCACUAAUUCAACAAGCAGGAUUUUGGGGGUCAGUUCAAACACUUGCUCGUGGUUAUGAAAUAAUCAUGGGGUUGCUUCUUUUCACCCCAGUUGCAUUCUUGGCUUGGUUCCCUUUCGUUUCCGAAUUCCAAACACGAAUGCUGUUCAACCAAGCAUUCAGUCGAGGUUUACAGAUCUCACGUAUUCUUGGAGGAGGAGGACAAAGGAAGGGCCACCACUCUUCCAGCAACAAGGAGUAAUUUUUAUCCAAAUUAGUUUAAGGAUGGUCUCAUUUAGCUCAAUGUAAAUAGCUCCAGUGUUUGCUCAAAUUAUUCAUCAAAAGAAUUCAUAGAUGUCUUUCUUUAUGCUUUUUUGUCAAACUUUAGAAUACUUGUACAUGUAUAUUUAUGAUAAAGGUUUGAAACUUAACAAUUUCAUUGCCUGUUUGAUGUAUGAUAUAUAUCUUCAGCUGA